GGUGGUGGACUCUGCGGCUGCUGGAGUGUAAGAAUGCACCGUGCAGGCCUGGGGUGCAAAAGAGGUGGAGCCGUGCCCUACACGGCGUGGCUGUACUGGGCUUGCUAAGGCAAGAGGGGGUGGUGUGUCAGAGGUGAGAGGUUCUCUUACAAGGGUCUGGAGAGAGAGUGUGAUCAUAAGACUUGAGUGUGAGUUUGCUUAUUGAGUGUGCCCUUUUACUGGGAGUGUGUGAAAACUGGAACUGGUUAAAGGCCAUGUGUGAGUGUGAAGAUCCUCAGGAGAGAGUGAGCAUGUGUGGACAGGUGGAAACUCCUGAGAGAGUGGCUAAACACCCCCUCCCCUCCGCCGUGUUCCUAAGUGUGCUCUUGAAUACUCAGUACCUAAAUGGAGCCCUCCCAGCAUCUGGAGAAAACUCGGGAGAGGUAUUACGUUUGGGGGUUGAGAGUUGCCUGCAGGUUGAGAUUAGCCUGCUUCCUGGCUUGGGUGGGAGCUAGACUUGCCAAACCUCUCCCUGGUUCCCAAGAGGAGGACCUGCUGUCAGUUAACUGGCCCCAGAGGCUCUGGAGACUCUGUUCCCAUGGUGACAGCUGGGGGCCCUCUUCAUGGGCAGCCCUUCCUUGAACUCUGCCUCCUCUCUCUCCUUGACUGAGCCUGGAAGCUUGGCCUAGGCCCAGUGUUGCCCAACCCAUGUGGCAGAGUGCCUGUCUGUGACCCUGAUGGUCUUUCCCUGCAGGUGACCAGCAUCAUGUCCAGCCAGGUGGUGGGCAUCGAGCCUCUCUACAUCAAGGCAGAGCCAGCCAGCCCUGACAGUCCAAAGGGUUCCUCAGAGACUGAGACUGAACCCCCUGUGACCCUGGCCCCGGGACCAGCUCCAGCCCGCUGCCUUCCAGGGCACAAGGAGGAGGAGGAUGGGGAGGGUACCGGGUCUGGUGAGCAGGGCAGUGGGAAGCUAGUGCUCAGCUCUCUGCCCAAACGCCUCUGCCUGGUCUGUGGGGAUGUGGCCUCCGGCUACCACUAUGGUGUGGCAUCGUGUGAGGCCUGCAAAGCCUUCUUCAAGAGGACCAUCCAGGGGAGCAUCGAGUACAGCUGUCCGGCCUCCAAUGAGUGUGAGAUCACCAAGCGGAGACGCAAGGCUUGUCAGGCUUGCCGCUUCACCAAGUGCCUGCGGGUGGGCAUGCUCAAGGAGGGAGUGCGUCUGGACCGUGUUCGAGGUGGGCGACAGAAGUACAAGCGACGGCCAGAGGUGGACCCAUUGCCCUUUCCAGGCCCCUUCCCUGCUGGUCCUCUGGCAGUAGCUGGAGGCCCCCGGAAGACAGCCCCAGUGAAUGCUCUGGUGUCUCAUCUGCUGGUGGUUGAGCCUGAGAAGCUGUAUGCCAUGCCUGAUCCAGCCAGCCCUGACGGACACCUCCCUGCUGUGGCCACACUCUGCGACCUUUUUGAUCGAGAGAUAGUGGUCACCAUCAGCUGGGCCAAGAGCAUCCCAGGCUUCUCCUCACUGUCACUGUCUGACCAGAUGUCAGUACUCCAGAGUGUGUGGAUGGAGGUGUUGGUGCUAGGUGUGGCCCAGCGUUCACUACCACUGCAGGAUGAGCUGGCAUUUGCUGAGGACCUGGUCCUGGAUGAAGAGGGAGCCCGGGCAGCUGGUCUGGGGGAUCUGGGAGCAGCCCUGUUGCAGCUGGUACGGCGACUGCAAGCCCUACGGCUGGAGCGGGAGGAGUAUGUACUGUUGAAGGCUCUGGCCCUUGCCAAUUCUGACUCUGUGCAUAUUGAAGACGCUGAGGCUGUGGAGCAGCUGCGGGAAGCCCUGCAUGAGGCUCUGCUGGAGUAUGAAGCUGGCCGGGCUGGCCCUGGAGGGGGUGCUGAGCGGAGGCGGGCAGGCAGGCUGCUGCUCACACUGCCACUGCUCCGCCAGACAGCAGGCAAAGUCCUGGCCCAUUUCUAUGGGGUGAAGCUGGAGGGCAAAGUGCCCAUGCACAAGCUGUUUUUGGAAAUGCUUGAGGCCAUGAUGGACUGAGGCAAGGGGUGGGACAGGGUGGGGUGACUGGCAGGAUCUGCCCAGCAUGGGGUGUUAGCCCCAAGGGGGCAAAGCUGGAGUCUGGGCAGUGCCACAGCCUGCUGGCAGGGCCAGGGCAAUGCCAUCCGCCCCUGGGAGCAGGCUUCAUGCCCUCCCCUCCCCCUUCUAGGGGGUGUCAGAAGCCAGGAAAGUGAAUGCCCAGGUGUGGGCACAGUGCUGCCCCUUGCAAGCCAUAAUGUGCCCCCAUGAGUAUAGGGGGCCUUGCGGAAGCCAUAGGGGGCUGCAGGGGAUGUGUGGGAGGCAGAAACUGAUCUCAGGGAGGGAAGGGGAUGGAGGCCACAGUCUCCCAGUGGGCGAUGCUUUUGCUGCUGCUUAAUCUGAACCCCUCUCCAGAGCAGAGGGGGGCUUGGAAAGCAAAGGCCCCUGUCCCCUUUGCUCCUCUCCUCAUUCGCAUUGGGCAUUAGUGCCCCCCCCCCCUUGAAGCAAUAACUCCAAGCAGGCUCCAGCCCCUGGAUCCCUGGGGUGACCAGGCCCCCCCCCAUCAGCUCCCACCUUGAGGGGUGGGGGACAGCACUGCCUCUAUGCCCUGCAGAGCAAUAACACUAUAUUUAUUUUUGGGUUUGGCCAGGGAGGCGCAGGGCCAUGGGGCAAGCCAGGGCCCAGAGCCCUUGGCUGUACAGAGACUCUAUUUUAAUGUAUAUUUGCUGCAAAGAGAAACCGCUUUUGGUUUUGAACCUUUAAUGAGAAAAAAAAAUAUACUAUGGAGCUCAAGUA